GUGCUAUAUCCACUGGUCAUUACAAGUUUGGGUAUAUCUACCAAUGGCUUGAGUGAAAACAUUAACACCAAUACUACAGUUCGUCUAUACGACAGAAUAUCUAAGGUUGGUAUUUUUUAUACAAGAACGAAACAAUGUCAAUGAGUAUAUAUUCUUCCUUAUGCAAAUCUAUCUAAUCACCAGAAAAUGAUUUUCUUUUAAUUUCUAUAGAAAGAAAUAGUCAGCGUCAACUUUACGGUUGAAAGUCCUGGUACCCAAGUAAAUGGCAGCAGGUUUAAAACUGUUCCAAAUUAUAUUUUACCAAAGGUUCGCUUUUAAGUUUAAUUGGGAAAUUUAUAAACUGGUGAAAUUAAAAGUGUUCGCAUAUUUUUGCAAGUUGUAAAAUGUUUCUAAUGUUGCAUAAUGAACGGUGGUAUUUUUCAGGAUUUUCAAGCCAGUAUUGUCAUUGAAAAUUCCAAGUGUAUAAGCCAUGGCUGUAGGAAAUGCGAACGAUUUACCGACAUUCAGGAUAACGGCGGGCUAUUUAAAACGCUCAAGGUACUUUCGAUAUUAAUUUUUGACCCAAAUCACAUGCAUUAAUUGGCCUUGGAAAAUGGAAUGCACCUUUCCGGUAGUUACGUCACAACUAACACUGUUUUUAACUUAGGACCACCCCAAAUAGAAUGGAUUUUAAGUUUGUUUCUCACCGGCUAUAGUAAGAGCAGCACACUUGAAAUCUAUUCCAUUUAAGGUGGUCCUAGGUUGAAAACAGUGUAGUUGUUACGUAAUUACCGGAAAGGUCUAUUCAGUAAGAAUGUUUUAAAGAAUGUUUCAGUAUUUGUACAAGAAUCUUAGAUAGACGCUUUUGUAGGUAAGAAGAUUUAGCAGUGAUGUUGGUAGUUUUCCAGAAAUCGAAGAGACCACGCCAGAUGAAAAAUGUGUACACGGCACAGGAACCUUUAUGUAUCUCGCGCAUGGUAAGCAUAGAUCCGGAACGAGGGGAAUUCGGCGAAAUAUUACCGAACUGAUGAUAUUUCCCCGAGGGCGGGACUCCGAGGAAAAUAGAGACCUUACGAUUUUAGGACGGCAACGCGACGGCAACGGCUACGAAUACAAUACAUCAUUGAAAAGAAUUGAGUAAUUACAAUAUAUGAAUAAUUUAGACAUUGUCCUCGCUCUAUUUACAACGCUAAAUCACAGAUUUUCACGUCUUCAUACAACGGCUGCAUUCCAAGCCGCAACAAGUGCAACUUCUAACUGUAUUUAGCAGAACUCUUCCCAACCAUUAAACCCAUGUCUUCAACUUCUAAAACUGUAUUAAAUUCAUACGAUGUAAAUAAUAACUAAUGUAAAUAACUCUAGGUGGAUAAUAUGUUUUCAUGUUUAGGUGAGUUUUUGCCGCUUUCCUUUUAAAUUAUUAACGUGGAUCUUUUGCGGAUAAAACGCUUAAAACUCGUAACUCUCCAUGUUGUCGGAAAUAAUGUAUUCUUGAUCGUGAUCUUCACGAAUUAUAUCACAAACAAGUAUUACUUCCUGCUAUGAUGUACAUACACCAUAUAGACAGUCCAUACACUAACCAUGUACCACCACCCCAAUCGAACACUGCUUCAUCGCUAUUUCAGAUGAUACUCAAGGGAAGAGCCUCACCAAAGAACAAAGACAAAACAGAAUCUUGGAAUGGCAGCAAUUGAAACAGGAGGAAAAUGUUCGUUUGCAAGAAGAGAGCAAGACGUUUUCGGAUUUACUUUUUGUUCCUAAUGUUGAUGUUUACAGAAAUCUUCCAUCACAGUUAUUGGGAUUUUAUCGUUGGUACGAAACUCAUACUGAGGCUGUUUUUGUUUGGUGGGGCGAGGGGGCUGAGAGGGGUUGGAAGGUAGAGGUUGUUACGUUCCGUGCACUUGAGCAGGAGGUUGGCAUUCGAUCGGCAAUGCCAGCCUAAACGCCAAAAUGUCAACGAUCCAGGGGGGAUUUUUGGCCAAAUCCAAUUCUCAGCAGAAUUGUCUUUUUCCAACAGCCGCAGACAGCUGCUCAAAUGGCAUCACUUAACUUUGUCUUCACAGGAUUGCAGAAAAUGUGCCAUUUUCUUUCGCACUCAAAACAGAUGAUGACUGUUUUGUGGAUUUAGAAAACAUUCUUCAAGUAAGCAAAUUUUAUCAACUUCACUUCGUUGGGCGACAACGUUCUCGAGUAUAUAAAGAGCCUCUCAAACCGUCGCUAUAAGGUAUGCCGAAAACAGGCGCACCUUAUAACCACAAGCCGUGGCUAUAAGGUAUGCCGAAAACAAGCGUACUUUAUUAUAAGGUAUGCCGAAAACAAGCAUACUUUAUAACCACAAGCCGUGGCUAUAAGGUAUGUCGAAAACUGGCUAAUAAAUUGCGAGUGAGAACCUUGCAGCAAUGUCGCAACUUGUUGACAGGCUUGCGAAGAACAAAAUAUAUUGGCAUGAGAAAAAAGGAAUUAAUUGUGUUCGCAAUGUUGUUUUUAUAGGAAAUGGAAGAGCACAAGUUAAAGAACAAAUUCAAACUCUGGUGGGGCAGGUAAUGCGAUUAGCUUUUACUGACAAAACGCCAAACCCGUGGUCUCGUCGCCAUUUUAAAUCCACUAACAUUUCAAAAACAAAUACACCCUUUCGAUAAUUACGUCGUUUGGCCUGGGAGCCUCGCUCUCAUGAAUCGUGAGCCAAUCACCUUGCGUAAUUUACUGAUGAGAGCGAGGCUACAAGACCAAAAAGUAUGUGUGACGUAAUUAUCGAAAGGGUGUAUUGAAACAUGCUUCUUUUAUGAAAUAAUUUUUUUCCGUCUUCUAAAUUUCUUAUUCUUUGCUUUUGUUUCUUUAUUUACCAGCUUUCGUUCUGACUGGCUUAUUGAACGCCAGGGGAAAUGGGCUGAGCCCGACUAUCCGGGUGUGACGUACCCAACCUUCGCCUGCGGUGCGGGCAAUGUACUUUCGGCUGACCUUGUUCAUUGGUUAGCGGGAAAUGCAGAUUCGCUGAAACGCUACCAGGUAAUCUCACAUUCCUAAAGUGGUAGAAACUUACAGUGUUAGUACAUGUAGCAUGUGCCUUUACCGCUGUGGCAGAGGUUUGAUUCUUGCGCUGUGAAGGUUUGUUCAAUAGUAAAAACACCACUAAGUGGGGUGUGGACUCCCUGCACCCGUAUGGUAGAUCUGCCCCUGGGGAUGACCCUUGCUGAGCCUCUGGGGAGACCAGUGUAGAACUGAUGAAGAUUCAGUAUAAAAUUACUUUAUUAGAAAGGGAAUUGAAUCUAUGUUUCAUAUUGUACUUCAGGGCGAAGAUGUCUCGAUGGGUAUUUGGUUAUCGGCUGUUGGGCCAACUUUAUAUAAGGUAAUCGUAUUAUUUUUUGGACAAAGUUAAUUUAUUUCUAAAAGUGAUGGGUCAUUUUUACAGAAAGAUGGGUAAUUUUUAUAGAUGGAAAUUUCGAGUGUGAAUUUUAUACAUUUAUUAAACCUGUAACCAGAGCAGUUGCGAAUAAUGCAACUAAUAGGCCCUCUGGCAGGAAUCGCAUGUACGGCCCCGUGUUCUGUCGAGUGAGUUGCCCAAAAAUCCUUAAGAGGCAAUUUUUUUCAAUGUCUCGUAUUUGCAAUGAAAAGUGUUCAAAACCUAAAAUCUUUUUGGCGUUCCUCUCAAAAUUACUUUGUUUUAGCGUUGUUCUCUAGUUUAUACAGUUAGCUACCUUUUUAAAUGCAUCUGCCGGUUGAGAAACAUAAAAUAAUAGUUAAAAAUUGUCAAUUAAAAUACAAUUAUCAAUGAUGCUUUAAAAUUGACGCCAUAUUUUCAGCCAUGUAUAAGCAAAACUUACUGAACUUAAGCUUCAGACAUCAUUUUCUCUUUGGCGUACCAUCUAAAAUCUCUUCAUUUUAGCAUUACUUUACAGAUAAAGCACUAAACAUACUUUUUAAGUUUGUUUGCCGAUUGAGAAACGUAUCGAAAAAUAAAAAUUUUGAAUUUAGUCAUAACCUCAAGUGGUAUAUUGUACGCAUUAGUUUUGAGCGCGUGUUACGUGACAUUGAAAAAAAUCUCCUCCUAAAUUUUCAGAAAAUCGUAGUAGCUGUUGAUGUCGUCGUUGAUGAUAGACUAAUUUUUGAUCUGGGAAAAAAAAUCCCGUACAAAACUUAUUAAUUGCAAAAUUUCGUUACGAAAUGUCUUGCAAAGUUUGCAAAUUUUGUAUAUGUUUGUAUUACGUGCGGAAAUUGUUACCAUUUUCGGCUCAAAAAUGGUAACAAUUUCCACACGUAAUAGCUACAAACAUAUACAAAACAUGCAAACUUCGCAAGGCUAUAUUUUCCGUAUUUUACAACAUUCCGUAACGAAAUUUUUCAAUUUUACUAAUUUUAAAAAUAAGUUCUUUACGGGAAUUUACUUUAUUUUCCUAUAUGAUCUGUUUGUUAUUAUUAAUCAACGCGAAGUAAAUCCAACCUUGUGCUAGUAUAUAAUAGCAUAUAGUAUAACGUUCUUUUUCCUUGCGCUUCAGGAUCAACGUUGGUCAUGUUUUGAGGAAUGCUAUCCAGGGAUGUUCACCUCGCCCGAACACGACACCGAGUCUUUGCUGGAUAUGUGGGAGAACUUCCAGUCCUGUGGAAAUCCUUGCAAAUGUUGAGGAAAUUUAUCAAGGAAUGAUCACCUCGCUCGAACACGAAACGGCUCGUGUCUUUGCUGGGGAUGUGGGAAACUUGGUGUUCUGUGGAAAUCCUUGCGAAUGUUGAAAAAAAAUUGUCAUAUCGCACAAGGGAAUUCUGGAGUAAGAUCUGCACAUAACUGCAUGUGAAUGGUUAAUUAACCGUAAGUGAUAGCACAUUUACAAUAAACUUCUGUUUUAUAAAGGUCAGUACAAUGAUGUCACCUUUUAGAUUCCCCUAAUAAUUGUUAGGAAAGAGCAAAUUAUGCAGCGGACCAAAAAUCGGAAAGUUAAAACACGGGUUGUGGAUUUACGGUGCGGGAUAGCGAUUAAAAGGAGUUGCGGCGCAGGAAAAGAUUCGAAAAUGCGGACGAGGGAAAAGGUUUAAUCAUUGAUGAACUUUUAAUACAGAGCAGUGUGGAAAAGCGUUUCAUAUCAUCGAGAAUAGUUCAGAAAAUAAUUGAAACGCCGCACAUACAUGUACUCUAAAAGAAGCAAUGCAAUGCCCAUAUAUUGUAGCGCGAGGAUGAUUCUGAAAUAGGACGAUUUGCGAAUAAACCUUUUGGCUUGAUAGCUGCCAACGGGUAAAUUGGCGGCCUAGCUAGAAUCCCGAAUAUCUAAGUUCGAAUCCUGCUCCGAAAACAAAAAAUUUUCCGCUGCUUUAGAAAUAUUUAUAUCUGAGAAAAAAUAUUGUUAGCUUUGGAAAAAUUAUAUAUAAAAUUAUAUAUAUGUUUAGAAUAUUUUAUUUUAACUUAAUUAUACUAUAUUACAUUAUCUUCUUCUACAAUAUUUGGAAGUUAAUUUAAAUUUACAUUGGAUGAAAAAGAUCUGCUAUUUUUAUUCUCUUCUAAUUUCAAACCAUUUGUAUUUGUACACCUAUAACCUCAAGAUCAUUCUUUUGAAUUUUAUCCAGUCUUUAUACGUAUAAUGUUUGGCGUUUUCGUGUGUUCUCAAAUAUCCAAAAGAAUGAAGUCGAAGCUAGGCAUGAAUGUUACGCCAAAGUAAUUCUAAUAAUCGUCUAUGGGAAAAAAAUAAAAUCGCAUGUAAAAUUUUUGUGAACGCCGUUCUUCGCUGGCAGCAAUCCCCGGCAUUGGAUUUAAAAUAUCUUAUAAGAAAUUCUUUUAAAAUUCUAGGUUUUACUGCUGUUUCGGAUUUUUAGCGGCUUGAUUUCAUUUAAGGUUUUUGUUUUGCUAGCACAAGCUGUAUUGGUAUAAUGGCAAGCUGCAGUUACUAUAUAUUGUUUUGAAUAGGCAUGAAGGAGGGCAAACCAGGAAAUAUUUGUCUGAAACAUUUGCCACUGGAGCAAAUUACUAUGGGAGUAUUAAAAUGCUUUAUAAGUCAAUAGACCUUUCCCCUUAUGAGUGAAAUUUUGAUCUAGAUAUGCCUGGACAAAACUUUCAUCACAGCUUGAAAGAGCAUCACAACAUUAGUAAUAUUCCGACGUUUCGUUGCGAAAUAUUGUAAAAUGGGGAUAAUAUAGCCUUGCGAAGUUUGCCGUUAUACAGUCAUUUUGCAUUACAAACGGGAAAUUGAUAAUCAAUGAUCAAACUGAUUAUCAUUUUCCCAUUUGUAAUACAAAAUGACUGAAGAACGGCAAACUUAGCAAGGCUAUAUUAUCCGCAUUUUACAACAUUUCGCAACGAAACUUCGGAAUAUUACUAAUUUUGUGAUGCUCUUUCAAGCUGUGAAGAAAUUUUUGUCUAGAUCAAAAUUUCACUCAAAAGGGGAAAGGUCUAUUGACAACUUGCAUGUUAGACUAAAUUUUAAUCUAAGUAAAGACAAGGGAAUCAAACACCACAGCUAAAAAGAACAUAAUGAAAUUAGUAAAAUUGCGAAUUUGGUUGCGAAAUGUUGUAAAGCUUGGAAAAUAUAUAUAGCCUUGCAAAGUUUCCAAAUUUUGUAUAUGUUUGUUUUACGUAGAAAUUGUUUCCAUUUUCGGCUGAAAAAUGGUAACAAUUUCCGCAAUACAAACAUACAAAAUUUGCAAAUUUCGCAAGGCUAUAUUUUCCGUAUUUUACAACAUUUCGUAACCAAAUUUUGCAAUUUUACUAAUUUUAAUGAGUUCUUUACGGGAAUGUUUUUUUGUCUAGAUCAAAAAUUAGUCUGCCAUUCUGAGUCUCGACAUUUGCGCAUCAAGGACAAAUUGCAGUUGAAAUCAUAAAAUGUAGCUGAGACUGGAAUAGAAUAUGAAAGUAUUGAACUGUUUAAUCAUUAUUUGUGUUUUACUUAUAGCCACAAUAGAACUAUCAUUAAAUAAUUUUUGUACCAGAAAAUAUUUUGUCUUCUGUAUAAAUAUUGUACUAAAAUAUUUUGCCUUCUGUAUAUUCAAAUGAUGAUUGAACAGCUGGAUAUACUUUCAUGUGCUGUCUGUUUCCUUCGUGCGGCUUGCCUCCCAAAACCUAUUCCCUAAUGAACAAAAUUUUGAUCUACACAAGUCUAGACAAAAAUUUCAUUACAGCUUGAAAGAGCAUCACAAGAUUAGAAAUGUUCCGAAGUUUCGUUGCGAAAUGUUGUAAAAUGCGGAUAAUAUAGUCCUGCGAAGUUUGCCAUUUUUCAGUCAUUUUGUAUAAUACGCACGGGAAAUUGAUACCGCUUUCUGAAAAAAGGUAUCAAUUUCCUGCGCGUAAUAUACAAAAUGACUGAAAAACGGCAAAUUUCACAGGGCUAUAUUAUCCGCAUUUUACAACAUUUCGCAACGAAACUUCGGAAUAUUACUAAUUUUGCGAUGCUCUUUCAAGCUAUGGUGAACUUUUUAUCUAGACUUGUCUAGGUCAAAAUUUUGUUCAUUAGGGAAUAGGUCCAUUCAAUACUCGCAAAAUGUUUCUGAAUUUGGUAAUUGUAUCUUGUUCCACAAGAAUAAUUUCGAAGGCGAGCAAGGAAAAAUUUUACAAAACAUUUCUUCAGUGUUUGCAGUACAACGUUACCAGAGACAGCUUGUACUAUACAGUAUAGCAAAACAAAAAAAAACUAAAUCUCUAUCACUAUAUAUUUAACAUUUAUUAUACAAAAAUCGCAUUUGCUUUUCAAAUAUAUGAUCGUGAUAUAUUUGAUUAAACGCUGAAACUCUCACGGGGAUUCGUUGGAAAUAUUUGACAUGACAGUCAAUGUUUCUUCGUCUGAAACACUGUUCUGUUUCGGAACUACCAAGAAAUUGUCCUGUUUUCCUGCAUUUUUAAUAUGCUCGAUUAAACUUCCUCCCCUUUCCUCUCGCCCGAACACGCUUCCAUUGCUCGCGGUGCUUUCGGCUGCGGCCGAGCAUUUCCUCGCGUGCUUGUCGGAGAAUCCGUUUCCGUCCCGAGAGCUCUCCGUUUCGCUGUCGGCCGAGAUGAUUGGAGAAUCGCUGUGAUGGAGUUUGUAAUCGUCUUCGGGGCUGCUUCCCAGUCGUUUGCUUUCGCGUGCGAGUUUGUUUUCAAAUAUAGCGAGUUUUGCAUUUAAAUUGCGGAUUUCUUCCUGUGAAAUAAAAUUUUGUUGCAAAUAAGUGAUUAUAUAGUGAAUGAUGGUUAAAAAUAUAAACUAAACUAAACUUUACUUUAUACACUAAAGGCUAGUUUCCACUCAGGGAAAUUAACCGUGGAUUGGAACGGACAAGAAAAUUUUUCUUUGUGUUAAAAGUCAUUAGUUCCAACCCAGAGCUCACGAGACAAAGAAAAAUUUUCUUGUCCGUUCCAAUCCACGGAUAAUUUUCCUUAGUGGAAACUAGCCUUUAGUAGCUUUAUUACUUCUAAACCGUUCUCCCUAGAAAUGCAGAAAAG